CUUCCCCCAGUGACCGCGCCGCGGAGAUCGACGUCAGAGGCGCACCGCCGUCUCGCCAGCGGAGCGCACCGCUACGAGACCGCCCACGGAUUUCCCACUGCGACGAUACUUUGACCCUACCCGAGCCUCCAGUAGGAGGUAGGCGAAAGGUGGGCCGUUGAGGACGCGAGGCUGGCACAUUCAGCAUGUGGCUGUUCCGGUGCCUUGCUAUCGAACGCCCACCCACUCCCUUAUCGUAUACACCAUGGCAAUAAUGACAAUGACGUGAGUUGUCGUUCUUUGUCUGGUUGUUCUUAUAGGGAGGUCGAAAGGUUUGUUGUCUGUCUUUCUUGCGAUUCCUACCGACAUUACCGUUAAAACUGCAGCAUUUUCCCCAUCCCACGACCAUCGCGAUGCCCGAGAACGCGACCCUUCUCCAAGGCUUCGAGUGGAACAUUCCGGCGGAUGGAAAGCAUUACCAACGCUUACUCAAAGCCCUGCCCAGUCUCAAGAAUGCUGGUGUAGACAAUCUCUGGCUUCCUCCGGGAUGCAAAGCCUCGUCGCCCGAGGGCAACGGUUACGAUGUCUAUGACCUCUACGAUCUAGGAGAGUUUGAUCAAAAAGGCGGAAAGCGUACGAAAUGGGGCACCAAGGACGAGCUGCUGGAGUUGAGCGCCAAAGCGAAAGAAUUGGGCAUCGGACUCUACUGGGACGCUGUCUUGAACCACAAAGCCGGUGCUGAUAAGAAAGAGAAGGCACAUGCUGUCGAAGUUGCGGAUGAUGACCGGACGAAGGAAGUGACUGAGCCGUAUGAGAUUUCUGCUUGGCUUGGGUUUGACUUCCCUGGGAGAGGGGACAAGUACUCGAAACAGCGCUACCACUGGUAUCAUUUCUCGGGAACUGACUGGAACGCUGCCACAGAAAAAAAGGCCAUCUACAAAUUGAAAGGAGACGGAAAGAAUUGGAGCGAGAGCGUUGAUGACGAAGGAGGUAAUGCCGAUUACAUGAUGUUCGCUGACAUCGACUACUCGCAUCCGGAAGUCCAAGAAGACGUGAAAGCGUGGGGCAAAUGGAUCGUCGAAGAAGUGGGACUGGAAGGGUUCCGUUUGGAUGCAGUGCAACAUUUCAGCCAGAGAUUCACCAACGAGUGGGUAGACACUGUUCGCGAAAAGCACGGAAAGGAAGUCUUCAUGGUCGGCGAAUUCUGGACAUCGGACCGCGACAAUAUGCUCAAAUGGCUAGAUGAAAUGGACCACAAAUUCGCUCUCUUCGACGCGCCCCUCCUCUACAACUUCAACCGCAUCAGCACGACACCAGAUUCCGACCUCCGCACCAUCUUCGACAACUCUCUCACCAAAGCCGAUCCCAUCUCCAGCGUAACAGUAGUCAUGAACCACGACACACAACCCGGCCAAACCAUGGACACACCCGUAGAAGGCUGGUUCAAACCUCUCGCGUACGCUCUCAUCCUCCUCCAAGACGCCGGCUACCCCUGCCUCUUCUACGGCGACCUCUACGGUCUGCAAGAAGGCAACGAAGGCGCCCAAGCACAACCUCCCGCAGCAGAUGGCAAGAUCCCCGACAUGGCUCUUGCACGCAAGCUGUACGCAUAUGGUCAACAAGAUGAAUAUCUCGACGACGCGAACUGCAUUGGGUUUGUCCGGCGCGGCAAUGAAGAGCACUGGGCUGGUUUGGCGUGCGUCAUGAGUAAUAAAGGUCCGGGCGAGAUCAAAAUGGCGGUGGGAGAAAUGCAUGCGGGACAGGUGUGGACGGAUGUGUUGGGUUGGGAGCAGGGAGAAGUCACGAUUGAUCGUGAAGGCUAUGGCGUGUUCAAGUGUGCUGGGACGAGCGUCAGCAUUUGGGUGAGGAAGGACGCGGAAGGGAGAGAGAGAUUUCCUGUCCAGUUUGAUGCGGAUAUCUAUCAUAGCUGUUGAGGAACUUUUUUUUGGGAUAGAGAAUGUAAAAAUUGGAUAUAAAUUCACUGAUAGAAAGACGACUAGAUAUGACUUGCAAGAUGCUUUGGGGCGCUGGCUGCCGAGAAUAAGAAAAAUUAUCAAGAACCUGCGGACUCAACCGAUCAAUCAAACAUCAACCGACCAUAUAAAAACACUCACUACAUGAACAAGUACACCCCGCAAUGAAGCAAUAAUCAGCGCUCAUAGGUAAUGAUAGAACCUACAUGUACCUUAGCUCCUGCUAAUCCAUCAUGAUCAUCAUCUCAUCUCCUUCCCAACCAUCUUCACCCCUUUCACAGUAACUUUCACACUCGUUUUCGCAACCCACCACGACCCCUUAAUUCCCAUUCCCAUCAAACCGAAUACCGCGCGAGUGAAACCUGGAAGCUCGUCUUCGUCUUUUUCUUGUUUUAAUUUUUCAUCUUUUUUUGCUUCUCGUCGCGAAAUCUGAAUUUGCUUUUUCUGCUCUUCCACUUCUUCUUUUUCUUUUUCUGUAGGAAAUGAUGAUGUAGCACACAGUUCCUGUACUUCUUUCUUUUCUCGGCGUCUUGUGAGGAAAGAGGAAGAAGAAGAAGAGGAAGAAGAAGGUUUCUGCUGUUGUAAAGGGAGAGAGUCUUUUCCUGUUUUUGCGGCUGUAGCAGCUCCCUCUCCCCUCUGCUGCUUCCCCAUCUUCUUCUUAUUCCCCUUCCCCAUCUUCCCCCCAACAACAGCAUGCUGCACCGGCGGUCCUUCAAACGUGAUCUGCUCCCGCACAAAUCUCUCAUUCUCAAUCACAGCCACAGCAACCAAUGCGCUCACAACGGUAUCCACGACAAAUCUCGAAUCGAGUGCAAUCAGACUAGGUAAGUCGAGGACACAGGCUCCAUGGGCAAAGUCCAAGAAUGCCAAAUUUAGGGUUUCGGAUGCGAUGGCUGCGGGCGUAGCGGAGGGGUGGUGGAAGGAGAUUUUCAUUUUAGUUACUUCGCCACUACCACCACUACGACUGAUGGCGGUGGUGGCGGUGGUCGUCGUGACUGUAAUAGCACAGACCCCCAGUUGAGGAUGUUUGAGCUCGUAAUGAGCUUCGAGCGGUUUCUUAUUAUUCGAUUUCUGCUUCUUAAUGAGUUGACACGAGUAGUUGCGAUGCGCAGACGUGACUGCAUCUUGAGCGAGGCGAGCUGCCUCGGGCGAUUCGCCGUGUGGAUCAAAUGUUGCAAUGUGGCGGGCUUCGGGGGAUUCGGCUAUGGCUUGUAUAGCGGCGAUGGCUGCGGUUUUGGGGAAUAUGGUUGUGAUUUGGUCUUGAUUCUUAUCCUCGAUGGGCACUUCGAGCUGCGAGACGGGAGAGCUUGAGGAAGGGGAAGAUGAAGUCGUGGGGCAGUGUUUCUGAAGAGCGUAGCGCUUUGGUGUUGUGCCAGAUGGGCUUUCCCGCGUCAUGGAGUAGAUGAGACUUGAAGGUGAGGUGCCAAUGGCGACUUUGAUGGUUUCAUCGGGUAAGUCUUGGUAUAGAGGAAACUGGACUUUGCGUCCUUCACAUGGAAAGGUCUCGGUGGAGGCACCCCACAGUGCUUGAGAGUCUGCUUGUGUUGCCGCAGGAAUGUGCUCGUAGCCAUCCACGAGGCCCACAGCCGAGUCGUAGCGUUUGAGGACUUGUUGCUGGGUAGGACUGCUCAUCACGGGGCUGGAAUAGGCAGGCGGCGAAGAUGUGGGAUAAUAUGAUUGGUGUUGGAGAGCACGAGUAGGAUUGUACUGUGGGAAGAUUGACCGCAUUGGUGCGCUGAAGCCUGGACUUUGGGCUGAAGUGUCUAUGGAGUAGCCAUGCUUGGGGGAUGGAGAGCGAAAGCGGGUGCUUUCUGGCAGAGGAGCGAUGGCGUCCUGGUCGUCUACUGGGGUGAUGAGCUCGUGAGCAGCGCGGGUUGUACGAUGCAUUGAGGUGUUGACUGGUUGGAUUCUUUGUCGUUGCGAGGCAGACGAUAGACUUCUUCGAGGUGGUGUUAAGGAACCAAAGUGCGUAUUCCGUGGCAAUUCUGAGAGCUGGUCCUCGCGUGCGAUGAAUUCACCAACUGAAUCAGGUCCUUCAAUAAUUGGACUCGAUCUGCGACGUGUGCGACUAGAACGUCGGAUGGGCCCUCGAGUCGUGGUGUCAGGUGAGGUCGUCGUCGGUAUUGUCGCUGGAGACUUUGGCGCUACGGCUGGAUUGCAGAACAGCGAGUGCUGGAAGGUCUCUUGUGCGGGUUGGAUCUGUGGAUGGGCCUUGCGAGUGCCAUCAACCUGGAAAGCGAGUCCCCGCAAGUUCGUUUCAUGAUACACAUUAGGCGAUGGCGUUUUCCGCGUUGGCAGACCAGCUGCCGGGGAUGGAAACAGGGUCAAAUGAGCGGGUGCCAUAGUGCCAGACUGAUGGCGAGAAGAAGAAGAUGAAGACGAAGAAGGAGAAGGUAGAAGAGUAAGGAAAGAAGUUACGAGAUUGCGUAGCAAGUACAGCGUGAUAUGAACAGCAAAAGCGGACAGAAGAAAUGUCGACAGCUACCUGUCAUAUAUCACCAAGUCGUAACACCCGCCUAGAGAUACGGUCAUGUCGAUUCUGGGACGGAGGAUAACAGGCACUUCCUAGCGUGCACAGAAUCAAUAGC